AUGUCUUCCCCUACCAAGUACACUUCACUCAUCUUUGACAUCGGCGACGUCCUCUUCUCCUGGUCAUCGAAGACCAAGACUACCAUCUCCCCGAAGCUACUUCGUCAAAUACUCUCUUCGCCCACCUGGUUUGAUUACGAACGUGGCAGGAUAUCUCAGGAUGUUUGCUACAGUCGAGUCGGCCACGAGUUCACGUUAGAUCCCUCAGAAGUCGGUCGCGCUUUCGAACAAGCUCGGGAGUCCCUCCAAGCCAACGACGAACUUAUCUCUGUUAUUCGCGAGUUGAAGCAGCAGUCAAAUGGACAGCUCCGCAUCUUCGCCAUGUCCAACAUCUCCCAGCCUGAUUACGAAGUCUUACGUACGAAAGACGCCGACUGGUCAAUAUUUGACGAAGUAUUCACUUCUGCCAGUGCUGGGGAGCGCAAACCAAAUCUUGGUUUUUACAGGCUCGUCUUGUCCAAGACAGGUGUAGAUCCUCGAUGUACUAUCUUCGUUGACGACAAACUGGAGAAUGUUCUAUCCGCUCGUUCUCUUGGCAUGAAAGGCAUUGUUUUCGACGAUGUUUGUAAAGUCAUUCGCGCUCUACGGAAUCUAUUGGGAGAUCCUGUCACACGAGGCCAGAACUAUCUUAAGCAGAAUGCCAAACAUCAUGAUUCUGUCACCAAUGGUGGCGUAGUUCUUAGAGAAAACUUUGCGCAGUUACUCAUCCUGGAAGCCACAGAGGAUAAGAAUCUUGUUCAUCUUGAAGAACAACCACGUACCUGGAAUUUCUUUCAAGGGAAGCCGCUCUUAACGACUGAAGACUUUCCCUUCGAUCUCGACACGACUUCUUUGGGGUUGACUGUGUUGAAGUGCCCUGAAGACGUGGCAACUUCCGUGAUGGACGAGAUGCUCGAGUAUGUUGAUGAUGAUGGAAUAAUUCAGACAUAUUUCGAUCAUCGUAGACCACGAUUCGACCCAGUUGUUUGUGUCAACUCCCUUACACUAUUCUACUCUUAUGGGCGAGGAUCUCAGCUCAGGCGUACUUUGCAUUGGGUUCGAGAGGUGUUACUUCAUCGCGCUUACCUCGAUGGCACACGUUACUAUGCUACGCCCGAAUGUUUCUUAUAUUUCCUCAGCCGCCUUCUCCAAACCACGAACAAUUCAACGUUAUCAGAGUACUUGAAACCCCUUCUGAGGGAGCGUAUACAAGAAAGGAUAGGCGCUGAAGGCGAUGCUUUGGCUCUUGCCAUGCGUCUGCUCACUUGCGCAUACUUAAACAUUAGAAAUGAAGUGGAUCUGCGCACAUUACUUCCCCUGCAAUGCGAAGACGGAGGGUGGGAAAAUGGGUGGAUAUAUAAAUAUGGCUCAUCUGGAAUCACGAUUGGAAACCGUGCACCCUCGCCAACAACAUUUCCUUUAUCCAUUACCACUAAUUCGCGGUUCUUGCACCGGAAAAGCGAGUCCUCGGUAUCAGAUUUCUCGCCGAGUUCGCUUUUGGACCCAAGCCAUAGCACGGUCCGUCGCCGACCCUUUCGCUGGCUUUGGGAGAGUGGCAAACUCGGGAAAGUAGCAGUAGAGGCAGGAUUUUGACCACCCGUUCCACGGAACUUUCACGUCAGCACGUCUAUCAUUAUUGUUUUUCUUUCUUGUUUUUUUUUCUUUCCUCUCAUCUUAACCCGAUGUCGGUGGGACUUUGUAAUACAGAACGGAAUGCACUUAGGGUACCAACUCGCAUUACUGUCCAUGUACCUCUACACUCUAACGGAUACAACUGUAUAUAGCCUGUGCCAUCAGUGUACCAACUACUUAUGACUUACCUUUACUUCGUACAAUCAAUCAUGAUCAUUCCAUCCCAAUUGUAUCUGUCUUGUUGGACUUCUAGUUGCGGUACCACCCAGGCCACCAAGGUCACAUGUACAUAGUAAAGGUACAUUGCCUAGUAAGCCAUUGAUCACGUUCAUCUUGAGCCUUCAUGCUAAACCAAUAUUGGGAGUUGAUUAAAAGCAGUGUUCCAAUCGCCCAGCUGGUAAUGUAUCUUCAGGGCAGCAAAAACCUAUGUCAGGGCUUAAGAUCAUAAUGAUAUCCAUGUAGUUAUCCGCUGUUAUCGUUAAUCCAUGGAGUAGAUUACCAUCAUCAUUACUGUAAAUAUGGCUGACAAAC